UAAAGCAUGCAGUGCCAUGACCAAACAUUAUCACAUAUAUUAUAUGUUAUCAUUCGGGUCAACUUCGAUAACUACUGUCGGUCUAUGCGAUAUCGAUUAUCCAGUAUAGCUUUUCCGAGGUUGUCAGGAUGUAUACUGGACGUGAGUAAGACAGAUCACAAAGAUGUCUGGAGAAUUAGAUCCUGCUAAAUUUGGGUCGCCAGAUGCUGGUCAGAAUGAUAUCAUCACCGAAAUUGACGAUAUCACACGAGAAGGGAUCUCCAACAAGGAAGUGAUGAAGAUUUAUGAAACCUGGGCCGACACGUAUGACCAGCAUUUAGACGCCGUCCACAACCAAUCCUACAAAAAUGUCAUCAGAGAAAUCAGAAAGCUUGACCUCAAGACAGAUGCUUGCAUCAUGGACAUCGCCUGUGGCACAGGGAGACUUGGACAUGAGCUUUCAAAAAUCGGGUUUAAUAAUCUCGACGGACUUGAUGGGAGUCAGGAGAUGCUUGACAAGGCCAAGGAACGAAAUAUCUACAAUCGAUUGAUGAAAGUUAUGUUUGGGCCAGAACCUGUUCCUGGCAUCGACACUGAUACGUACGAUGCUAGUAUUGCCAUUGGUUGCUAUAUCCCAGGACAUUGUGAAUCAGACAGUAUGCAAGAGAUCAUCAGGAUAACAAAACCAGGCGGCCAUGCGAUGAUACAAAUCAGUGACCAGGGUUUGGCUUGCGUGGUGGGCUUCCAGGAGACAGUCGACGCCCACAUUGCGGCCAAGAAAUGGAAACUCAUCUCUAGUACACGCAUAACAACUUACGACACUAUGGAAGGCACUUUAUUCACUUUUCAAGUCCUAUGAUAGACACACUAGGUUACCUUUCUAGCCCAAUACUCGUCGUUCAGGUCAUGAACGUAUAUUUGUUUAUUCAUGAAAAUUUACAAAAAGUAACGUGAGAAUAAACAACGAGUGAUGACAGAAUGUCAACACUCAUAAUUUUGGAUAUUUUACCAGCGCAAUUAAAACGGGGAUUGGGAUAACUUUGUUAAGUUCUUUGACAUCCAAAAGGUUGCUUGUUUAAUAAAUGUUGCCAGUUCCAAUAAAGAGAAAUUCU